AUGGUGAUUCUCGACGGAAAUGUAUCCUGUGUUGGCGCAUCCAGCAGUAGCAAGAUAGAGUUAGUUGGAGGCGAGUGCAUCGGUGUAGCAGGAGACAGCUCUUCGAUGUCUGAGUCUUUGACGAGGACAAUCACACCAUCAACUACGGCAACUCCAGAAAUUUCAUCAAGCACGACAGUAAGUUCUUCUUUUUCCAAUGUGGCUGUCGUGACGUCAGUUGCCGUUGAGGAGAUGACGUAUCCUGAGGUCAAACGUCAGACGGUGACCAUUUUGACAGAGACAAAGUCACAGGAGAAGUCAUGGACAAUGACACCAUUGUUUUCAGCUUCAAUGUUGACAUGGAUAUUAGUCUGCUUGGUGAUCUUCGGGGCAAUCUUCGGUGGUUGCACAACAGCUGUCGUAUAUUGGUUGUAUACAGUGGCGCGUCAUCGAUACACUCAGUUGCGCACUUGUCCAAGAAGUCCGGAACACAUUGAGCUGGAAGGGAUAGUUUUUGAAGGAGCCAGUGGAGUGGACAACCAACAAGCAAAUGCAAUCACGCAAGAGGAAGGAUCAAGCACAGGAAAUACAAAUCGGGAUGAUUUUAAAGAUGUGGAUUUAGAUAAUUUACCGCUUCCAGAUGAAAAGAUUCGAGCGGCAUUAUCUCGUAGCCAAUUGGUUCCUAAUAUUCCUACAAAGGUACCUUAUGUGGGCAUUCGGCUACAUCCGUACGUGAAGAUUUACUUGCUGUACAAAAAUCAGCGUAUCGCGAAGAAGAAAACCCACGUGAAAAAGCGGACAUUGAAUCCGGUCUUCAACGAGUCGUUCGCCUUCGAUCUCCCUAAUCCAUCUGCUUUGAAAGAAGCGUUUGGUAUUCCAGCUUCUGACGCGAAUGCUGAUCAGCUUAUGACCAUCUGCUUGGAUGACAUUUCGCUCGAAUUUCUUCUUCUGGAUUGGGAUAGGGUCACCAAGAACGAAGUUAUUGGACGUCUCGAACUUGGAGGUCCAAAAUGCAGUGGAUCAGCUUUGCAUCACUGGAAAGAAGUGUGCAACUCUCCUCGCAGGCAAAUUGCGGAAUGGCAUAAGCUGCGCGAGUUAUUGGACGUCUCGAACUUGGAGGUCCAAAAUGCAGUGGAUCAGCUUUGCAUCACUGGAAAGAAGUGUGCAACUCUCCUCGCAGGCAAAUUGCGGAAUGGCAUAAGCUGCGCGAGUAAACGGUCGAACUUCAACGCGCAAUAACCGAAAAUGUCGGCAACUAGAUGAAAACGGAAAAAUGCUUACCUCUCGGGCUGCAGAAGUCUCCCAAUUCUAUCAUGACCUCGAUGUUCAGAAACCACAAAAAUGUGAAUGAACGGUUUUUGAGUAGCAUCCGGUAACGUAGGCAACCAUUCAACCCGAGGUGUGCCAGAGUGACUUCGUAGUUACCUUUUAUUGUUCCCUGUCUCUGGAACUCUCGAGAGGACGCUGAGAGCCUAUUUUGGAUGUAAAUCCUAGUUUCUUGAAAAUCUUUGGAUUACCUUCCGACGUCGAGAAAUGUCUACGUGAUCAACCCAGGCAGGUUUCAGUUUUGUUUCAUUUUGAAAAAUGUUCUUCAUUCCGACUAAUCACAUGGAUUGAUGCGAUACUCAGUCAACGUUUAGUUAUACCAAAAAUUAGCGAAGAAAAGAAAGUUAGGUGUGUAAGCCUUGCAACGGAUCUAGUCGCGACCAGAGAUUUUGCGAGCUAUGUUUUUCUGGGGAUUGGAAAUAGCCUCAUUUGAUGCAAUUGAAAGAAUGCGGUGUGCGGGAAUUAUUGCGGGAUGCGAGAAAGCGUAUAUUUUGUGUAAAUAGGUUCAAGAUGGUGCUUUAAGUUUUAUUGCGACGGAGCUUGUAGGGAUUCAUUGGGAUUUAAAAAGUCUGAAAGCGACUUCCCCAAUUCCGGAUUGCAGCGUUUGACUGCUGAACUCGACGACUGUGUGAUCUAUGAUCUGAUUUGUAUCGAGGAGUAAGGUAAAUUCCCCGAGACGUUAAUCAUUCUACCUGUUCGUGCUUCUUCGAAAAGAGCACGUGUUUUGUUUCAUAUUAUUAUUGAUUUAUGUAAUGACACAGUAGCUUUGGUACCGUCCUAGUCAGAUUAUCUUAUCAAAUAUCGAACUGGGAGGAAUUCAAAGGAUCUCAUCUAAAGUAUUGGUUUCAGUAUCUAGAAGAUCUCACAUUUUAUUUAGGAUCUUGUGUUGAAUUGAAAAAACAGUUAUCCGCUUGCCGUUAUGUACUGUAUUACGUUUUCAAUGCCUGUAUGUAUUCCCGUCUUUGUGGAGCGAUGCUGGAAACUUCAUAAUCCAAGCGGAUAUUGAUUUCCUUCUCUUCUUGGAACUUCAUGGAAGUUUUCUUCUGAUUUUUUUUUUGGAGGUUUGAUGCGUUGAACAUUGUUUAUUUCUUGGGUACCCGAACUGUUCACUGGAAAGUGUGGAUAUCAUGUGGGUCUUGAACAGUGAUUUCCUCUGGUCGAA